AUGGCCAACCCAGUAGGCGAAGAGAACUGGCUUGCCUAUCUCGAGGAGAUCGUCCGCAACGCCUCCGACCUCGAGAAGCGAGUCGAUGCCGUCGAACAUUACAAGCUGGCUGUAGACUCUGAGCCUGGCAGCUUGCGCAUCUGGCUUGCUUACUGCAACUACUUCUGGUCCUUGUGGGAAGCUACUCAGAGUCCUACCGGCCAUGGCUGGUCUGAUGAGGAGCGCAUGCUCGGCCGAGAGCUCUUUUCCUUCGGCGGCGCUCUCGAUUUGUGGCAGCAAGGCUACGAGGCUAUUCGCUACCGCCUAGGGGAUAGUCAUCUUCUCUGGGAUCGCUGGAUCUCACUGGAGAUGGAAUUGCUGGCAAAGACGAGAACCCCCGAAGGCAUCAAACGCAUCACACAUCUUUAUCGUGACCGCCUACUUACACCUCACCUUACCUGGGACGAAACAUCUCAGAACUUUUCUACCUUCCUAUCAGAGUACAACCGCACUGCAUGGGAGGAAUCCAUGAAGGAUGUUACCACCAACGCUCAGGAGACCAAACGACUGAUCGCUGCUCGAGACCCUUACGAAUCUGCUUUAAAGAAAGCUGUGGACGCGAACGAUGUCGAAGCCCAGAAAACUGCCUUCACUACGUAUCUUGAGUGGGAAAUGCUUCAGAGUAAGCGCAGCAACGACAAUCCCGAAAUUGGUAUUGAUCUUUGCCGUGGCCUCUACGCACGUGCUCUCACCGGUGCUCUUGCUACAGACCAAAAUGCCUGGUACGAGUACAUCGUAUUUCUAUCCUCAUCCAACACCGAUCUCCAAGCGCCGAGCAGUCUACUCGUCGUACUCCGUAGAGCUGUUCAGCACUGCCCAUGGUCCGGCCUCCUCUGGAAUAGAUACAUUAUGUGUGCCGAAGAAGCUAAGCGCCCAUUCGCUGAGGUUGAAGCCAUCAAACAUCUUGCAACUAGUGAGGAUCAGCUACUCAAAGAUGGCAUGGAGGGAAUGAUCGAAAUGUAUGUGGCUUGGUGUGGGUUCUUGAAAAGAAAUGCCAUGGAUGCUAGUGCCUCCGACGAGGCUGUUGACGUUGCCGAUGUAGGUCUUAUCGCGGCUCUGGAGGACGUUUCAGUUGUUGGAAAGCGACUCUAUGAUAAGGACUUCCAGGGUGACCCCAAGUUUCGACUUGAGCGCAUUUACAUUCAGUAUCUCACAGAAAAGAAGGGUGCCGUGGACGAAGCCAGGGCCCAGUGGAACAAACUGGCAGCCCUGCAGAUCCAUGCAGAUAACCACGACUUUUGGUUCAGGUAUUAUAUGUGGGAGAUGCUCAUCUUCUCAUCAGCCGGUGCUCAAGACAACAGAAGCCCUACGCCCUCGUCUGGCGGUGGCACUUAUCGAAUACCAACUCUGGCUACUGCCGUUCUUACCCGUGCUGUUGCUCGCAGAACUAUUGACUGGCCAGAGAAAGUUCUGGAUGUGUAUAUGCAGCAUUGCAACGACUACGAAAUGCCUCUGCCUCUGCGAAAGGCAGCGGACCGGGUUCACAAGACCGGGAAAGAAGUUAAAAAACGCAGGGAACGGGAGGAACAAGAGAAGGCUGCGGCUUAUGCCGCGUACUACACUGCCCCUGAAACCCUAGAGAAGGGCCAGGGGUCUGCAUCCCCAGGUGGUUCCAAAAGGAAAAGGGACCCUGAAGUUGACACCACAGAUGGACCUGAAAACAACCACAAGCGACAAAGGAAUGAGCCCAACGGGGUGGUGUCUGAGCAAGCUCUGGCAACCCAACACGGCCAGCCCCUGAAGAGAGACAGGGAGAAUUCGACCAUCCUUGUCUCCAAUCUACCAGCAGAUGUUGAUAAAACCAAGCUUCGACAAUAUUUCAAAGAGUAUGGCCACAUCAACAACAUAACGGCUCUGGUCCGCGAUGAGAAGACCGAUUCCUCGACAGCGCUCAUCGAGUUCAAGUCCCCUGAAGAAGCUCAAUCCGCCUUGUUGAGAGACGGCAAAUACUUCGGCCAGUCACAACUUGCCGUAAAGCUAGGGAACGACUUGACCGUUUACGUUGCAAAUUAUCCUCCUGCUGCUGAUCAAAAGUAUAUCCGCGACCUUUUCAAAGAUUGCGGCGAGAUCUUGAGCAUCAGAUUGCCCAGCCUCAAGGUCGAUACCCGACGCCGGUUUUGCUAUGUCUCGUUCCGAGACCAGGAGGCAUCAGCGAAAGCUGUGAAGAAGGACGGCAUGGUUCUUGAAGGAGGCUUGAAACUUCUCGCUAAAUAUUCUGACCCCGGUCACAAGAAGGCUCGUGAAGGUGCCCUUGCAGAAGGCAGAGAGAUACAUAUUAGCAAUUUGGAUCGAACGGCGACCGAGGCGGAUUUGAGAGAAGUCUUUUCCAAGUAUGGCAAUGUCACGCGAGUCAAUCUUCCUCGAAACUUGGUGGGUAAGACUAAAGGAUUUGCUUUCAUUGAUUUUGCGACCAAAGAGGAGGCUGAGAAGGCCGUGGCGGAAAUGAACAAUACCAAGUUCAAGAGCCAGAUCCUAGAAGUUUGUCUUUCCAAAGAGUCAAAGAUCAAACGUGCUGCAACAACCGUUGUUGCGGAUACCGCCAGAAGCUCGCCUGCGCCUUUAUCGCACGAUGCUGAGGGUGACGAGGCAAUGGCAGACGCACCCGAUGAAGCUCAGUCCAAACCCACCGCAUCAGACAUCUCAGCAAAGACGAUCGCUCUUUUGGGCCUACCUGAUACUGUGAACGAUGCACGAAUCCGAGCACUCGUCGAGCCUUUGGGUGCUAUCGUGAAGCUAACUGUGUUCCCCGGUAAUGGUGGCGCCAAAAUUGAGUUUGUCGAUGCAGCUACCGCAGGCAAAGCGAGCUUACAGCUCGAUAGCAUGGACUUUGAGGGUCACAAGCUUCGAACGGGCACAAUGGAUGAACUUCGGCAAGCCAAGGCAGAACGUACCCAGGACCGUAUUGUCUACGGGAGAAGGGGCAGGGAUAAGGACAAGGGCCAAGAACAGAAAACCAAGGCUGCAGGUAGCUCGUCAACCACUCUCAUGCCACCGCCAACUACAAUCCGGCGACCAGUGCUCGGGAAACCUGGCCCUCGUCGUGGUCUUGGCUUCAAGCCCAGCGCAUCCAAGCCGGCUCAGAACGGCGAUUCUGAUACCUCGCCAAAGAAGAGCAACGCCGACUUCAAGGCGAUGUUUCUCGCCAGUGGUCAAGAUACGAAGGUUGGAGACGAAGGAGACAAGCCUGGGUCUGAGCCAUGA